CUCUGCAGCACUUGACACAAGUGGUCUCCUGAAUUUCUUUAAUUAAAAAAAAUAAUGAAGUCUUCAGCUCUAGCUAUCACUGUUUUAACCUGUGCUCUCUUGGCAAUGACAGAAGGAGUUCCGGCCCUGUAUCACCGAUGUCAGUGUACAGACACAGUGGCAAAGGAAAUCUCUGAUCAUAGAAUUGUGAAGCUGGAGAUUUUUCAACCUGGUCCUCACUGCAAAGAUAUAGAAGUAAUUGCUACACUGAAAUUCCGGAAGGAAAUUAAAUUGUGCCUCAACCCCAACGACAAGUGGGUGCAGAACGCCCUCAAAAGAAGGAACCUGGACCAUGGAAUGCUACUGCAAUGAAGAUGGUUGAAAGAGAAGAAAAGAAAGAAGAACUGAAGAAACGUCUCUUAGCACCUCAGUCUUUCUUCACUCAACAUAUUAUUAAUUAAGAUCUAGUAGUAUUUUUAUACAUUUUCUGUAUCUAAUAAAACCAACAAACUUAUAUUUUUAAUUACAACGAUUUAUGAACAUUUCACUAAUAUUACUAAUAAAGUAUUUUUAAAAAAAUUCUAUACUGUGUAUGUUAUUCAUAGAUUCAUAGUCAUGCUUUAGUUGCUUCGUCAGUGACUCAGAUGGCUCUAAAUAACUGGAUCAGACAGUAGUAUAAACAGUGAAUAUCUCUGUAAGACAUGCAACCCCUCCUGUAGAAGUAAAGUGAUCUGACAUUGUCAAUUAAAUUAAAUUAAGCCUAUAAAUAUAUCUUAAUUUUUUUUGUCACAGGUUGUUCUCUUUGUUAAUCUGGUUGUCUUCAAUUCUAAUAAUUAAUACUAAGAAAACACACAUUCAAGCAUGAGCAAAUAUUCUAUACGGACUCAUAAAUUAGCAUCUGACUGGAUUGUUAACUAUAUUGGUUAAAAAUAACAGAACCAUCCAGUAUGGUCUUGGCAACCUAAUAUUAUUGCAUCAAUCAAUCAAUCACUCACUCAAUCAGUGGUGGUGGUAUAGUGGAUUGCUUAGCCACCUCACAGCUCAGGAUCCUGGGUUUGAUCCUGAGCUCAGGUUACUAUCUACACAGAGUUUUGCAUGAUCUCCCUGUAUUUGUGUAGGUUUCUUUGGGGAAAGAUAAAUGAAAAACUGAAAGAAUGAAUGAAUGAAUGAAAACAAAUAAUAAAUUAAUGAAUAAUCUGCAUCUUUAUUUAUGAAGCAUUUUUUUUUAUUUUGAGUUCAAAAUCUCACAGUGCCUUAUAUAUAAAUUGUUACAAGGUGAAAAGAAAGUCUUUAUGCUAGAACACAUAAAUUAAACAGUCUCUAACUAAUUUAUGAUAAAUCUAUGAUCAUUACAAAUGAAGGUAAAAGAACUACAUUCCUAGAAUUGUAUAGUUCAGUGUU